AUGGAGGUAAGACGUUAAUGUACAAUGAGUCAACGAACAGCUUUGCAUAUAGUGCAUUGCUAAUCAGGACUAUUUCUGUUUAAAAAUUUUCGAAAUAAGUAUAUUUUAGUGUUACUGUACAAUGAGUUGACAAACAGCUUUGCAUGUAUUGCAUUGCUAAUCAGUUAUUUGUCUGUUUUAAAGUUUCGAGAUAAGUAUAAAUAAGUUCUUAUUUGACUUAGCCUUGUUUUCACUUGAUUUUAUGUAGAAUCACGAGGACCCAGAUCAAUGGUUACAGCAAAGAAAGCUUGAAACUCCUGUACUGCUUAUGGCAGAAACAAAUACAUUGUACCUUGUCGUAGGAAAGAAAAUAUUUUGUACUUUCAAGAAUAAUGAAAUCCCAGAAUCAGUUAUUGGCUUACCUUCGUCGUAUUACGCACUAGAUUUUGACUACCCCCAAAGCCUCAAACUGUGUUUGUCCGUCCUGCAGUUUUUCUGUUUUGAAUACAAGGCUACGCCGAGUGAUCUAUAG